CUAACCAGUUUCAGGGUCGACCUCCAGUUGUACAGGGGUGAUCCGGUACUCCUAUCCUCUUCCUUUCUGUCCUUCUCCUUCCCGAGGAGGUUUUUAUUCCUCCUCUCUUGUACUCCCUCUCUUUUUUGGAUCCCCCUAUGCCUAAACUCUCAUUAUCAUCUUUUCCAUCCCUUUGAUCUUCUUUUCUUCCUCAAAAUCUGAAGAUUUUACCAUUCGUGCUGGAGCUUGUCUUUCUACCUCAUCCACCCUGCUACUCCUCAUCCCUUUUUCCCCUCUACAUCUGGAUCACUGGGUUCUAACAGCUGAUCAACCAAACAACCAACAGGCAAGUCAACUGCAGGGGAAAAAGCCAACCAACAAGAAAGUAUGACAGACAAACCAGGCAUGCCAACGGGUGGUGGAGAUGAUGCGGGAGGCAUCAUGGCGCUGCUGGAGCGUGUGGCAGGCCUCAUGGACAGUGUCCAGACCACGCAGCAGCGCAUGGAAGAGCGUCAGCUGGAGCUGGAGAACACGGUAAAGACCAUUCAGACAGACAUCAUCAAGCUGACUAGCAACCACGCCACCACCAGUUCCACCGUUGACCGGUUGCUGGAGAAGACACGCAAGGUCAGCCGCCACAUCAAGGAUGUCAGGGUCCGUGUGGAGAACCAGAACAUCAGGGUGAAGCGGCAUGAAGAAACGUGUAUGGAAUCAUUACAUUCUUGGGUUCACACUCUGUUCUGUGUUCUCCUCCCUCAGGGUGACCAGGAGUUGAAGGCCAUCACACCAGGCAAUGAGCCAGCAGAACCUAGUGGCAGCUCCACCGCCAGAGCUGAGGUGGAACCGGACAAGUUUGAGCUCCCUCCAGAGUCAGAUGAAGAGUAUAUGGUGGUGGAGGAGGCAGACUCCACAGCGGCCGGGCGAUUGAAGAAGACAGGGCUGACGCGCAUCGAGAGCUUCAAAGCCACCUUCUCCAAGGAGAACAUGACCAAGACCCGCGAGAACCUUGGCACCAAGGUGAACAAGUUUGGUGAGCGCAUCGUGACGGCCGAGAGGCGUGAGAAGAUCCGCCAGUCUGGCGAGAGGCUGAAGCAGUCGGGCGAGAGGCUGAAGGAGACCAUCACCAAGAGCGUCCCGGCCAAGCUCAACCUGAAGAAGGAGAGGACUGUGGCAGAGGGCCAGGAAGGAGCUGAGGGUGCCACGGAGGGAGCUGCGCCCGUCCCUCCUCCCAAGGGUCGCAAGGGCAGCCCAGAUGCCGCUGAGGCAGCUGAUGAUGAGGGUAAGGCGGAGGAGUCUGAGGUGCCGAUGUACGACAUGAAGCAGCUGUCCUAAACCGUGACACAGUGACAAGAUCUGCACCAUUUUCUUUGGACCACUGAGACCGCAUAGAGGGAGUGAGAGAAAGUUUUAGGUUGCUGGUAAUAAGCAGAGCUGUAAGAGCACCAAUAAUGAAGAAAAACAUUUGUUUGAACGUUGUUGAAGGAAGUGAGCAGAGAACAGGCCGGUCACAGAUCCAAUCUGACUGAACAUUAAGACAACAAGCAAACAGAGCCCUGAAAUCACUGAGGUCAUUUCACAUGCUGUCGAGUCUGUUCUGGACAUUUAUUAUCAAAUCAGCAAAUAUACAUAUGGUCUUUUGUUUUGUGUUCAAUAAACACUGACUUUGGGAAAUUAAAGAACAAAGUGUUCAGAACUUUUCCCAUCAUCACGCCACUGCUGUUCACUUGUUUUUGCAUGUUAAUGAGGUUGAAAUGUUGGAUGUUAAAGCUGUAACAGGGUUAUAAUACAUUGGGUAAUGUAGAAGGGAAAAAAGAGAUUAAGAGUAUUAAUGCUCAGUAGAGCAAUAAUUAAUGCUCAGUAGAGCAAUAAUUUAAGUUAAAAGGUGAAAAACUCUGUCGCUGAAGAUCAUCUUGAAUAAACUGGAUUUAACAGUGAGAAUAAACAAGUGUGUGUUUGGAGGCAGUGAUCAGGAUGGAGGCUGUUUGUUUCUGUAGAGGUCUUCACAUGUCCAAAGGUUUGGACGCUCCCAGAUUCAAGUCCUGGGUUGGGUCUUGGUCACUAGAGGACCUGUAAAGACCUCUAGUUUGUGUAAGUGGAAAAUGUAUCAACAACUUUGAUAGUUCUGCCAGCUAAGAGCAGAUUUUAAGUCCAGGUAAAGUAAAAAUAAAUGUGAGUUUGUCACACCACAGAAAAAUGUGUUAUUAACCACCCAGCCAAAUUUGAAUGAUUAAAAAAUCGCAAGUGUAUAAUAUUAGGUUUUGAAAUUGUUGAAAGAUUAGCAGGAUUUUCUGCUCUGAGACACCGAAGGAGCUGAAAAGCCAUGCAGCUACAGACUCUCCUUAGCAGCUAACCCAGUAGCCUAUCACAGUAACAUACACACCCGAGCUUCAGAAAAAGCCACCGCAGAGCUACAGUGUCUUAUUAGCAGCUAACCCAGUAGCAUAAAGCUACAUACAGCCCCGGGCUUAAGAACGAGCCGUCACACAGCUACAGACUCUCUUUAGCAGCUAACCCAGUAGCACAAUGCUACACAUACCCCUGAGCUGAAGAAUGAGUUGCCACACAGCUACAGACUCCCGUUAGCGGCUAACUCAGUGGCAUAAGGCUACACACACCCCAGAGCUAAAGAACAAGCCACUGUGCAGCACCAGUCUCUUGUUAGCGGCUAACACAGUAACACCAAACUACACACACCCCGGAGCUAAAGAAUGAGCCACCUAGCAGUGACAGACUCUUUUGGCACCUAACUCAGUCACACACACAGUCUGAUAGCACACCACACACACCCUGAGUCAGUGCACAAUGACAGCCUCUUGUUCAGCAGCUAAUGUUAGCACAAGUCUCACACCCACAGGAGCGAGCAGUAACUGUAGCCGAUUUAGUCUGAGAGACUGAAAGGUUUGUUAGUGACAGCUGUUCAGCUUGUGUAUGACUCUGGCAUUUAACAGAGAUGUUUAUUCAUGUAUUUAUUGGACUGAAAGAGCUCAGAGAGCUCGUGGGAUGUAGCAAACUCACCAGGGGGCGAACGAAACAACACUGAUAAUACGACCUCUAAUGUCGGCAGUAAAGUAGUAUUUAUAUAGUAGGGGAGGGUUAUGUUCAGGAUGCCUCCAGUGUGUCAUCGAGCAGGCUCUUAGGCCCACUCAAACAAUUCUGGACACAGAAAUGAUGAUAAACAGUUUAACUGCACAGUUCAGUACUACACGGCUCAGUCUUUUCACAUUUUCAACAAGUAUUUUCUAACAUGUGUAAUGUGUUUUGAAAGAAAUCACUGAUUUAGCUUUACCCAGACUUUAAAGUGAGUAAGACCUUAAGAGCUGUGUUUAACAGAAUUCUUACUGACACAGAAAGUAAAACAGUAAACACGCAGAUCCCUGAAAGCGGUUAAAAAUAAAAAACAAACAAACAAAAACUUGUCCUUUACCAUUAAGUCUUUACCACAUUUACAUCAGUAAAAUACUUCUAAGACCGGGUCAUGAAGUCCAGGUUUAAAAGCCUUUAAUAACUGAUUGAUUAAUAAACAUCUAAAUAAUAGAUUAAAGCUCAAGUGUGUAGGAUUUAGGGGGACAUAUUGGCAGAAAUGGGAUAUAAUCAGUGUGUUUUCUUUAGGGUAUAAGCACCUGAAAAUAAGAAUCAUUCAUUACCUUAGAAUGAGCUAGAAUAGAAUAGCUACAAAGGGAACAAGUCUUUGUCUACAGACAUCACCAUGUUGCACCGCCAGGUUUCUACAGUAGCCCAGAACAAACAAACCAAACACUGGCUCUAGAUAGGGACAUUUGGGUUUUUGUGUCGGCCACUGUAGUUCUCCUACAUGCUUGGCACACAGUAGAAGUUUCAGUUCUGCAACCUCACAGUUAGAUACCACUAAAUCCUGCACACUGGACCUUUAAGUCAUAUAUAAAAUGUGUACUGUAUAAAGUUUUAGUGUGCUAGUGUUACACAUGUGUGAAAUCAGUCUUGUCACUAUAGCAUUAAGCUAGUGACAAAAGUGAAAAAUUACCUUGGAGAUAAGAUUUAUUUCGGUGGAAAUUAACUUUUUGUGUAAACAGGAAAAAAAAUUUUUUUUUUUUGAGAAGUUCUAUUUUGAAGGAGUCUCAAACAACCAGCCUGAGCCAGAUUCGGCCUGAGAGACAAUUUCAUAAGGUCCCCUCCCCAUUUCAAUUUCCCCUUGUAUUUUAAAGUUAAUUUUAGAGCCUCAGACUGGCUUUGUAUUUUACAUCGCUAACUUUUCAACAUUAACACUUUGGCACAUCAAGCUGAAAAAAUAAAGCUGUUGUCUUAUGAGGUUUUCAACACUGUUGUUGAUGUUUAUCCUGUAAGCAAACCUUGUAACUCUAAUGUUCUGUCAGUAUUUUGACAGUAUUGUUAGCGUUGUUAGGGUUUGUUACUGAGUGACUGCAUGGCUGUAGUUUGUCAGAGGUAUCACAUUAAAGCAGGUUUGUGUUUGAUUGUCAUGUUGAGAAAAUAAAAGUUCACUUGAGUCAUUUCUGUAAA